AUGGUGAAGGACGAGGAGAUGAGGGCGGCCGAGCAGAUGAAAAGGUGUAUGGUGUAUGAGAUGAGCCUGAAGCAGUGGUGGGAGCAGAUACAUUCUGUGGAGAAUGAAGGUGGUGGGAAGGAUGCUGUGGUUGUGGAUGCGAGGGUGAGGAGGCUGGUCUGCCGGGCUCUCGGGAUGGAGGCGGAGAAGGAGGAUGGGGUAGGGGCGGACGGGUUCGUGUGGUUUAGGGGGAAGGGGGAGUGUAGGAGGAGGGUGGGUGUGGGGCUGAGUUUGAGUUUGUAUGAGAAGAUGAGGUGGGUGCAAGAGACAAGGGGGUGGUUUGAUGGGGAGAGAGAGGUGAGGGUGAAGGGGAAUAAGGAAGUUGGGAGUGAGAGUAGUUGGACUAGGUUUGGUUGCUAUGUGUUGGUGGAGAGCUUUGUGUUGAGGAGAAUGGAUGGGAGUUUGUUGAUCAAUUUCAAUUUUAGAAAUACAGAUAAGAUUGUGUGCAAAUGGGAGUGA